AUGGCAGAAGAGGACGAAGCGACAGCCCGCCGGCGGCCAUGGCACUCGGUCUACAUCGUGCUUGGCCAGGAGUUGCCUUUCGACCUGGUUUUCGAGGACUUGAGACCUCAGGUUCUCCAGACUUGUUUGGAUGUGCUCGGCCGCAGUUUCCUUCGAAGUUGGCCCGGUGGGCCACAGGAAAUGGAGGAUUCCUUGCGAAGAGGCGUUGAGGAAUCGGGAUCUGGUCCAGUUGCGCAUGGUCUUCGUCGCAGCCAAGCACAGGAGCUUUCAGGGCGCUUGGCUCCUUUCGUGGCCACCCAGGUCUCGGUGAACAGAUCAGCAGCAGAGGCUGUUGCGAGGGAGAUCUCCCAGAUGGGCUGGCGUGGUCCUCCUUUGAUUGGAGCUCCAAGGAUUCAACCACCUCCAGAGGUGCGAAUGCAAGAGACCUUCGAGUGUUGGGACGAGGAGAUUGAAGUGGCUUCACCAGUGCAGGUGGGCAGACUCGACAUUGAGCACUACUGGGAUAGGCCAGACUGCAGGCCCUCGGAGCGAGCCACCGAUACGGUGACGGUGGAUCUUUCGCGUCUUUCAGUGGAGGCCAACAGCAACAGCGACAUUAGCCACAAGGUGCUGGAGCCGUGCGCUCGCAGUCCCACCUUGCGGGCUGUGAGUGUGGCCGCUGCACAUGGAGAUUCGGAAUCCACCACCAUCAGCGUCUCGCCACGAGCAGAGGUGCUAAGUGCUGCUGAUGUUCCUGACGAGCUUGUACCUGAUGAGCGUUCGGGAGAUGAGGAGUGCAACGAGGUCACCGUGAGCGAUGAGGUGGAGGCUGAAACAUCAAUUCCGGGUCAACCUGAUAAGCUGAUCCAGGACGAUGCAGCUCACGACGCCGAUGUGCUCCACGUCAUUGCUGCUAUGAGUGCCAGCCACGGGGAGGUUCAGGAGGUGCAGGUUCCUACCGCACCCUUGGUUGCGCCUCUUCUGCUUCUCGAUGACAAACCUUUGGAGGUCGAAAGCUUCGAGGAGGCGAGAGCUCGUUGUUCUUCCAGAUCAACCGAGGAUGAGCCAGAGUGUGAAGGCUGUGAGGCUGCAAGCUCUCGAGCGCCGUCUCCAGACGCAGUGCCGUCACCAGACAUCCUCUUGCCUGGGCGGCGGUCGCUGCUGGGCAUUUCAGGCGCGAGAUUUUCUCGUAUGAGACCUGCCUUCGAUGAGGGUCGUUUGCGCCGUGCGUCCCAGUUGUUUGCCAGUAUGCUACGAGGGGAACCACUUCCCAAGUCGAAGCCUCGACGACAAUCGGCGCCUCCUCGACAGGAGUUUCGCUUCUUUGGCGCUCGCACCUUGCCCCGUCUGGUGCCAGAAGGUAUGAGACGCGCUUCCUCGGUGGAUGCUCGAGAGGUCAUCUCCCGUCCGCUGCGGCCACUCAAUGGUCAGAUGCCUUGGUUUCCAUCCGCCUUGCCGCUGAGAAGAGAUUCUCGAUCAGCCUCCAGGACACGUUUGCCCGCGCUUCCGUGGGCCAGAAAGGCUGAGAAAGAGGAGAAAGAGAAAGGCGCCAAGGCAUCCUUUUUGGGAAACCCCAAAGAUGAGAACAAGGCAGUGGCGCAGCCGCACAUCUUUGUGUCACCAGCUGCGGAGGCAUGGAAACAGUCAAGGAUCAUCACGCAAGAUGAAGCAAGUGACGAAUCCGGUGACGAAUCCAGUGACGAAUCCAGUGACGAAUCCAGUGACGAAUCCAGUGACGAAUCCAGUGACGAAUCCAGUGACGAAUCCAGCUAUGAAUCCAGUGACGAAUCCAGUGACGAAUCAAGCGAUGAUUGGAAGCAUUUGGAAGCACUAGAGAUCCAUCCAGUGUCAAUCCUUGUGUGUUCUCGUUCCUCCGCCGAAUCGUACCGUCGCAUUGCCGCGCCGUUGGGAGAAGCAGAAAAGUCCUCUGCUCGAGCUGAGAGCUUGAAGCCGAGCCUUGGAGAAGCUGGGACAGUGGUGCGUCUCAAGGCCACCAUGGCAGAGGUGGUUUGCCCAUCCGUUUCCCACAGGAGCCAAAGCUGGAACCUGAAAUGUUUGGAGACCGAUCCAUCAGAGGCCUUGUUUUGCUUGGACCUUCAUGAUCAUCCAUUGCUGUGGUGUGGCAGUUUUCCAAAUUGCCACACCUGCGAUGCAGAGUGCGACCGCCGCAAAAUUUGGGAGGCAUAUCGCUGUGCCAAGUGUGACUUCGAUGUCUGCACUGAAUGUUCGAAGUCAUAUCAAACCGGCAUCAUCCGAAGCAGGCUCCACUUGGAGCCUUUGGGUACUGCGCUGCUGCCACGCGGCCUGCGCAGUAGCCGUCGCAGUUGCAUUGGCGAACUGCUGCCAGGUUGUGGGCAUGGCGAGCAGGAGGAGUUGGAUGGGCUGCGCACUGAAUUGGCUGCCAUCAAGAAGGAGUUUGGCAUGGUGGAGCCAGAACGCGCUUUCAUGGAUGAGAAAGACGUGGAAUGGAGGUUUGGUGGACCUCCAGAUUAUACGGUUGCGAACCUCUACUUUCUCAAGGGGAAGACCAAGAAUCACCCAGUUGGCUCCUUGGAGAUGAUCGUGGAGAACUUGGUGAAGACUUGGGAAAUGGAGCGUUCCCACAAGUUGGAUCCCAACAAACAUCGCAGUGUGGAUCCCAAAGUGUUUCACCUCAGUGCCAAUGGUGGCAAGAAGUACAACAACGAUGAAGCAAACCACAUUGGGAACUACAGCGUGCUGCUAGAGAAAUGCCCUGUGGACAUCUAUGAUGUUGACCGGAUCAAUUGGGAACAGUCACAUGAGAAAUUCCACAGUGCCUUUGCCGCCUUCCCCUGGGAGGUGUUAGAGGUCUUCUCUCCCCCGCCUCGGGUGUCCUUCACCUGGCGUCACUGGGGACACUUCACUGGAAGCUACGAAGGCAAGGAGGGGGACGGACGGCUCAUUGAAAUGUACGGCUUUGGCGUCGCAGUCGUGAACGACAAGUUGCAAAUGGUUGACGUGGAAAUCUUCUACAAGCCCGAGCCUUUCAUCCAGUCCCUCCGUGGCACGGCUGGAAGUAGCAGCACCUGGCGUGGCACCGACAUCUUGGGAGAAGGUGCCACAAGCCAUUGCCCAUUUGUGGAGAAGCAGAAACGAAAAGGUUUCCCAGCCGGAGAAUGUCCUGUUCGCAAAGCAAAAUGUGAACAGGAAAGCUGGUGCCGCUGGGACGUUCCUGGUUUUGCGGGUGCAGCAUACCUGGUGCCGCUGGUCACCCUUGCGUUCUUUAUUUGCGACGCUUGUCGCAACUUUGAUCAGCUGGGAGAGAUCACUGCAGAGACAAGGCGUCGAGAUCUAGAAGAUUUGCAGAACUCCACACAGCGCAUUUCUGCCAGUCUCCGGCUCCAUCCCAGCGAGAUCUUUGAAUUGGCCGAAAACGGACUUUUUGCCAAGCUGGCAAGCCACAUGAGUCAGUCACCCGCUGCUCGCACUUUGGUUCUGGAUUUGGGUGAGUGGCUGGCUACAGCGGCUCCAGAGGAGGUGCCAUCUGGGCCCGUCCUGGUGGAGAUUGAUGGGGCCUGGAGCGAGAGUCAUGUCGUGCAGACUUCCAAAGAUGGUGGAGUGCCGGAGGCAGGAAUUUGGGGUUUGCCAAGUUUGAAUCAGUGGAGCUUAAUUGGAGCUUUUCACAUUUGA